AUGGCUAGCAACUUGAUCAUAAACUUGCAAAAAGCGUCCUACGUCUCCGUGCUGACCAUCGUGGCCUUCUCCCUGGAGAGGUACCUGGCCAUCUGCCACCCCCUGCACCUGUACGCGAUGGCUGGUCUCCGCCGAGCGUUGAGGAUAGUGGCUGCACUAUGGGCGGUCUCCUUACUGGCUGCUGCACCAUUCGCUCUCUACACCACUGUCAGCUACCACGACUACCCUCCUGGCUCUGGCAACGCCUCCCUGGAGUCUGCGUUCUGCGCGAUGCUGGAGAUGCCGUCCUGGUACCUAUGCGAGCUGAGCAGCUUGCUGUUCUUCAUCCUGCCGGGGCUGAUCAUCCUCUGCCUCUACGUCCGCAUGGGGCUGCGUAUUAGGUACGUUAUGGGAUCUACGCAUGCCAGCAACCCUGGCAGUCCAGGGACCCUGAACGGUGUGAACGGCAGCGUUCAUGGCGAAGCAAGGCAAGCCCAGUCCAGGAAGACCAUCAUCAGAAUGUUGGCGGCAGUGGUGGUGGCCUUCUUCGUCUGCUGGGCACCAUUCCACUUCCAGCGGUUGUUCUUCAUCUACGGCGCCAGCUCCAAGCACUACCACACCAUCAACAAGCACCUUUUCAGCGUUGCUGGAGCUUUCUACUACGUGUCUGCUACAGUCAACCCUAUCCUCUACAACCUCAUGAGCCACAGGUACAGGAUCGCGUUCAAAGAAACCUUAUGCUGCAGCAAGGGUCGAAGAAAACAGAGCAAGUAUAGGGAGCACUCCAGCAUCAGAGAGACCAUGGUGAACCACACGUCCGAAGGUGGACACCUGGUGAGGGUCCGUUCUUCCCUCGACAGGAGGAACAGAAUAGACCACAGGGUCUUCAGAAGAUGCAGCUACUACGGUGCGGAGACCACCGCCCUCUGCAGCGAAAAGUGGAAAGACUACUACAACAAGGAUACGAAGAAGACCAGUCUUCUCAGAAGCGAUAGGAGCUGCAACUCUUCACCUGGUAACAACAACGAUGCAAACCAGGUCAUCUUUGAUGACAAACAAGACUAUAAGCUCGAUUCUGAUGCUGACAAUGAAGACAGCAAUAUUAAUAUCAACAUUUCUAUACAUUUGCAUAAAUAG